AUGCUACAAAUCCAGGACAACAUGGAGAUGUUAAGUAACAUGACAUCUAAAUUUACAACCUUCUUGUUGACUGGCAUUCCUGGCCUCGAGUCUGCCCAUGCCUGGGUCUCUGUGCCCUUCUGUUGUCUCUACGGCAUUGCCCUCUCUGGGAACACCAUAGUCCUGCUCGUCAUCAUCACCCACGAGAGUCCCCGUGAGUCCAUGUACUAUUUCCUCUCCAUGCUCUCAGCUACUGACUUGGGUUUGACCAUUUCUACAAUGUCAACCACAUUAACUGUCCUCUGGUUUGAUGCAAGUGAAAUCACUCUAGAUAACUGCAUUAUCCAGAUGUUUUUUCUUCAUGGAUUUACCUUCAUAGAAUCUGGGGUGCUGGUGGCUAUGGCCUUUGACCGCUACGUGGCCAUCUGUGAUCCUCUGAGGUACGCUACCAUUCUCACUAGUUUGAGAGUCAAUCAGAUGGGCCUCUUAAUGAUUAUACACACUGUAGUAUUAACAGUGCCACUACUUUUGCUCCUUAAGCCUCUCUCUUUCUGUGGAGCAAAUUUCCUUUCCCACUCCUACUGUUACCACCCAGAUGUGAUUAAAUUAGCAUGUUCAGAUACUCAGGCCAAUAGCAUCUGUGGAUUCAUCGAUCUUAUUCUGACCACAGGAGUAGACACACCAUGAAUAGUCCUGUCUUACAUCUUGAUCAUUCGCUCUGUCCUCAGUAUUGCCUCCCGUAAAGAACGACACAAGGUCUUCAGCACCUGUGUCUCCCACAUCGGAGCAGUCGCUAUUUUCUACACCCCCAUGAUGAGCCUGUCCUUGGUGCAUUGCUAUGGUCCAUCAGCCCACAAAGUGGUUCAUGCCACAAUGGCCAACAUAUACCUGCUUUUGCCCCCUGUACUCAACUCCAUCAUCUAUUGUAUAAAAACAAAACAGAUUCACAAGGCUAUAUUCAGUCUUCUCCCUACAAAAUAA